CUGAUCCGAGUAGGCAGCCACAUGCACCAAAAGCUAUGCUUCUUCCAAACCAACAGAAGAAAAUUCGCGUCCAUCCAGCCUUCUUGCAUACAACGCACUCCCGGGUCACCAGGACUUUGACCCGACAAUAUCUGAUGCGAAGCCCACUGCUGAUACUGGAACCGAUUUCUACGACCGAAGUCUGACGAGUCGCAGAUAUGCCCUUGUCGGAAUGGCAUGUUCAAGUAUCUUCAGCUGCUCAUGCAUCAUUACAGGGAUUGUCACUUUAGCCAGUCACGGAAUCAUGGGAGUAACCCCACUCAGCAUGGGGAUAAAUCCACUCCUUGAGGACAACGGCAUGUUCUAUGCCUAUGAAUAUCCUCGAUUGUCGCUGCAGGCGGAAAUAUUGACCCUGAUGCUUGACUUAAUCAUCACGUUAUGUACCGAGUCUAUAGGCUUCGUGCACGGCAUCUCAUUGCGCUCUGCGCUAGCCUCAGAGUCUCGGCUUCGUUUCAACACCAACUUGCGCCUUCUGACCGCAGCUCGUGGAUGGCAUAACCCUAAUGGUGCCCUGCUUAACGGUAUCUCGAUUGUCCUCCUCAUUGUAUCCUACAGCUCGCCCUCACUCAUCGUAUGUGUAGACCAGCAAACCCAAUACACCGUGGAUGGAGACACCAUGGGCAGUGCGAGCGCCGCCAUCGCCGGGUUACCUCUUCUCAUUUUAGGCGUCACACUCCUCCUCCAGGUGAUUAUCGCAUUGUCAGCGAUGCGGGCUAUCAAAAUCCUGACGUGGAGCUCCUCACCUUUCGACUUGACCGCCGCACUCGUCCACCACACACAAUUGACCCCUGCUACCUUCCGGUGCAUGCGUCGUGUGUCUGACCUAGACACGUACGGAGGACCAGCGAAACCACCAGAGACACAGCCCUCUGCGUGGCAUGCUCACCCUAGCAUCCGGAAAGUUGUCAUUUUUCUUUGGGUUAUCGUUGCAGCAUGCGCUGGAUGGGCCGUACUUGUCAUGUAUAUCUGGGACCGCCUUUUCAUGGGACGGAUCGCCAGUCCCCUCACCCUACAAACGUGGACGUUCUUCCAAAAUUCUGAUGGCAAUUACAUUACAUAUGGUGUACCGAAUGACGGUAUUGAGUGGUGGAUUUUGCUCUUUGUCAACAUUGCGGUUGUCCAGGGACCGUUGACGCUUGGGCUGCAUUGCUCGGAGCUCAUCGUGAAUGUCAUUCGAGACGAAAGACAGUGGAGAUGCGCUACCAGAAGGCAAGGACUGAGAGUGGCGACGAACCCGCUGAAGCCGAUUUUCACUCAUCCGCUCUGUCUCAUACUUUUCAUCGCGAAGCCUUUCCUGCACUGGAUGUUUGGGCUUUCAUCCAACAUAGGCACAUACGCCAUUGACGACACCCUGAACGAUUUUUCGAUAUCUAUGUUCACUGCCCAGAUCUGGAACUUAUGCAUUGCGCUCUUUAUACUUGCCUGUUUCUUCACUGUCGUUGCACUGCUCCGACCGCACGGUCCCCAGCCAGCUGCAUAUGGCCACCUGCAGACGCUCGCCAACCUCGUGGAUGAGUGGUCGCCUGUCAUGUGGUGGGGACACAAGGAGGAUGGAAUUCCGUACUGUCAUGCUGGGACAAGCGAUCACCUGCUGCCGGAUGUGAAGAUGGAUUGCGUUUAUGCUGGUUCUGGUGCUGGGUCUCUGGUACCCCGGGCCCUCUCGUGACAGGUACUUGAUGUCUUCAUGUGUCUUUUUAAGCA